ACAGCAAUUUUUGUCUUUCCUGCAGAGACAGAAGAAUGACCCCCCAGCCUCUCGGCCCCCAGAAGGGCACUUUGGACAAGGCAGAUGUUACCAGUGACCAGCUCACGGCGGCCUCGGUUGGGAAUGUGGACUGGCUGCGGCUGUGUAUGCAGACAGCGGAUUCGCACGUCGAGCAGGAUGGGAAUGGAUUCACAGCUUUACACAUGGCCGCUCUGCACGGUCGGCUUCGAUGUCUGAAGCUUCUAAUUGAGGAUUACAAGAUGGACGUGAACCUGCCCAGCCGGUGUAAAUGGAGAGCUCUGCACCUGCUCUUAAAUCAGAAGAAUGGAAAGAAGGCAAAAGAAUGUUUACGGCUUCUACUGCAGUGCGGGGCCGCCGUAAACGCACAAACCGAGCGCAAGGUGACCCCUCUGCACCAGGCGGCCAGAGAAGGCUUGAAGGACUGUUUGGCCAUUUUGGUUGAAAAUGGAGCAGAUGUACAUGCCCAGGACUUGCAGGGCAACCGACCCAUCGACUUGUGUAAGAUUUGGUGCCACCGUGCUUGUGCCAGGUACCUCCACAAUGCCAUGUGGAAUAAAGACAAGGAGGAACAUGCCCAGGAGCUGAAAAAGAUGGAAAAAUUGAAAAGAAACAUUCUAGAAAUGGACCAAGAGGCUCUGCUAAAAAUGGCGAAAAGUCACAUAAUCCCUCACCAGACCUGUUUUUGUAAAGGCACUGAGACCCAAAAACCACCAGAAAAAGCAAUAAAAAGUGGAGUCUUGCCAAAAUCCAAAUUGGACCGAAUGUCUUGUAAGCCGUUACCUGGGAAGGAGCAACAUAAGAAAAAGUCCUUGGUCUCUGAGAGUUCAGACAAGGAUACUAAGAAGAAAAGGACAAACGCCAUGUCUGUGUAUGGUGAAGAGGAAGGACCCCAGAAACGUGAAGGUGGAGGAGAGCAUUCUGGUGUAAAGUCGGUCUGCCAAUGGAAUCCAAGUUAUAAUCCGACAAUGCCUCCAAUCACAGAUAUUUACAGAAUUCCUACACUGCGGCUGGGCAUUGACCCUGAGGAGGUCACCGACUUAAGUAAUAUAAUCACACUUGACAGAGAUGAGCAUGGCCGGCCACAAAUCAAAACAAUUCAAGGGCAAGUCUUCCCCUCCCAGCUUCAUUUGCCAUAUGAGACCAUUCAGAGGUGCCUGUUCCCUAAGACGUGUCCGAAGGAAAGGAUCUGCACGCCAAACGCAUUCAAGGCCAACCAUGUUUUUGAUGUGCCCAAAAAGCAACAGCCUCUGGAAGGGGGAAAACCAGUUUCAGAAAUCUCAUUCCACUUGAGGCAAAGCCUUGAUUCUAGGCUCAGGAAGGCCAACAAACCUAUCUACUGCUGACCAGGAAAUAAAGAAAUGCAACGUUUCCUUCAGUUCCCAUCUCCUAUAUGCAAAUGUAUCAUAGGCGCUAGGGUGGAAUAAAAACACUAGACCAUCCAGUCCAA